AUGCUGAAGCGGUCCUCCGGACCCUCCAGCGAAGACGGACGAAGGCUGGACAGGCCCCUCGGACCCUCCAGCGAAGACGAAUGUUGGCUGGACAGGCCCCUCGGACCCCUCCAGCGGAGACGGACGAAGGCUGGACAGGCCCCUCGGACCCUCCAGCGAAGACGAAUGUUGGCUGGACAGGCCCCUUGGACCCCUCCAGCGGAGACGGACGAAGGCGGGACAGGCCCCUCGGACCCUCCAGCGAAGACGAAUGGUGGCCGGACAGGCCCCUCGGACCCUCCAGCGAAGACGAAUGUUGGCUGGACAGGCCCCUUGGACCCCUCCAGCGGAGACGGACGAAGGCUGGACAGGCCCCUCGGACCCUCCAGCGAAGACGAAUGUUGGCUGGACAGGCCCCUUGGACCCCUCCAGCGGAGACGGACGAAGGCUGGACAGGCCCCUCGGACCCUCCAGCGAAGACGAAUGUUGGCUGGACAGGCCGAUUGGACCCCUCCAGCGGAGACGGACGAAGGCUGGACAGGCCCCUCGGACCCUCCAGCGAAGACGAAUGUUGGCUGGACAGGCCCCUUGGACCCCUCCAGCGGAGACGGACGAAUGCUGGACAGGCCCCUUGGACCCCUCCAGCGGAGACGGACGAAGGCUGGACAGGCCCCACGGACCCUCCAGCUAAGACGAAUGUUGGCUGGACAGGCCCCUUGGACCCCUCCAGCGGAGACGGACGAAGGCUGGACAGGCCCCACGGACCCUCCAGCUAAGACGAAUGCUGAAGCGGUCCUCCGGACCCUCCAGCGAAGACAGAAGGCUGAAGCGGUCCCCCGGACCCUCCAGCAAAGACAGAAUGGAUGAGCCCCCAAUUCUGUUACGACCCGGCUCAUAGCCGCAACAUAAAAGAAGAUGAAUACCAGUUUGUGGGAUGAGAAGAGGCUUUAUCUUAAAAUGGACAACCAGGUUGGCUAAAAAUGGCUGGGGCCACUAAGGCAAACACAACAAAAGAGAUGGACAAAAUGGUGAACGGAGAACUAAACUAUACUGGGAAAACUAAACUACUGACCCUGAACAGAAACACAAACCUGAACACGAAUAACAGCGAGCAGAAAACAGAUGACGGUUGGGCAGCAGGGAAACACACGGAUGAGACACGGUGGAUACACAGACGGACCAGCCAAACUACAAAGACAGAGGACGCGACUUAAAUACACACAGGGAAACACAGGGAGAUUACACACAGGUGGGGAACACAGCUGGGAAUAAUCAACAAGACGAGACAGAGGCAAAACUGAACACACACAUGAGACGCAGACCUUCACAAUAAAACAGGAAACGAGAACACUACACCAAGACGCAGACCUGACACUGAGAGACAGAAUGACACAUGGACCCUGAACUAAACUAAACGUGAGAUACAACUGAGAACAAAAUCCUUAAACAUGACAUAAAACAAAACACUGACAACAUUAAAUCAUAACACUUUUGUUUAGGAUUUGAAAGCUAUGGUGGUCCAAAGAUACAAAGAGUCCAAACAAACAGAAAACCUGACUGUGGCAAAGACUUCUGCAGUUAGUUUGACAUCUGAUAUGUGGACCUCCAGAGUUGGCACUUCGUCUUGUAAUCUGAAGGUUGCUGGUUCGAGCCCUGGCUUGGACAGUCUUGGUCAUUGUGUCCUUGGGCAAGACACUUCACCCAUUGCCUACUGGUGGUGGUCAGAGGGAGGGCCUGGUGGCGCCAGUGUCUGCCAGCCUCGCCUCUGUCAGUGUGCCCCAGGCCAUUUUUUUUUUUACCAUUUUAUUGUAUUUAGUUACUUUUAUUCGUUUUUUCCUUGCAACCGCUGCUUCGCCUGUGCCCUGUGAAAAGGUAUUUUCAAAAGCAGGGGAAAUCCUCUCAAAAAAGAGGAACCGUCUUAAUCCCAGCACUGUGGAAAAGCUGCUAUUUUUCAAUAAAAAAAAGAAAACUUCUCCCUAGUGUCAUAGGCACUGUUAUAAAGUCACAAGCACAUCACAACUCCCUCCCUAUUUGUUUCCAUGUACAUUCCUGUGUUAAGCUGCCAAUCUGUUAUACACAAACAUUAAUAUAAUAUUAAAUAUAACUAAUAUUUAGAGUUCAGUUAUUGAUGACACUAGUUUGUGUCAUUACCCAGAUGUACAUAAGCAUGAUUACACAGCUUUACAAUCAUUCCAAAACUCUGUUCUGAAAGUUUCCACAGUUUUUGUAUCAGACAUACUGAGACAAUAUUCGGGAUAAAUAACCAUGAAAACAGCUCCAGAGAAAAUACCAAACUAUACCCAAUUUACAGUACUAUACUUUGAAUAGUCUCAUCUUUGAGCUUAGAAUAAAGGGAAACUAUAAGAGGUGAGAGGGAUAUUUCACUGGAUUCUGACUCUGGGUGACCCCCACUCCUUACCUUUUCACCCACAGCCAAGAUUACUGAACAGUUUCUGAGAAAAUUAAUCCUAAACUUUAUACAAAUAACCGUACUUUUAAUAUUCACAUCUUUGAGCUCAUUUUAAAGGAAAACUAUAGGAGAUGACACAGAUUUCACUGGUUUCUGACUCAGGGUCAUCCCCACUCUUUACCCUGUGACGCACAGCCAAAAUUACUGUACAGUUUUUAGAGAAAAUUAAUACUAAACAUUACCCAAAUUACAUUACUGUACUUUGAAUGAAUGCCCUAGAGUCAGGAUCUAGUGAAAUAUCUCUGUCACCUCU